AUGGAACCCGAGCAGGUCGAGGAGAUCUUGAGGCGCAAAGAGCGUGAACUCCAGCUACUAGAGGAGAUAACUCGAGAGGCGGGUUUUACACCGCGGGCUUCGCUUCGGCGGUCCCCGCCGCCAUCUGCCGGUGUCGUGCCGCUUGUGAUUACACCGGUCGCAGGCUCGAGCAAAAGGAAAUGGGACUCCCCGGAAGAGCUCGAGGAGGAACUGCGACGCCGUGUGAGAGCGGCACCGGUGCGAGGGGCAAACACCCCGCCGCUGGGGGGCAUCCUAGCCGGAGAACAGGAGUUGGAGCCGGUGUCAGCAAUGCCGGCGGAGGAGGAACGUGCGGGCGGUGCGGAAGUGGCGAUGAGCGAAGUCGACCAUGAAGCGUCAACGGGGUUACUGGUGGAGCGCGCCAACAAGGCUGGAGAAGCGCUGAUGGCGGCAGCGUCGUCAUCAACGUCGAAACUAAAUAAAGCUGAUAUAGCCGCAAUCGGGACCCAGGUGCAGCGCCUCACGGCGAUAGUGGCAACCCUGGGGGCAAAGUUGGGAGAGGAGCGCCUACGGGCACAUAAGCUGGAGAGCGCGCUGGCCCAGGCAUCGGCGGCGACGACGACAGGUCUCGCGCCCGCCAGUGGCCCCACUAUACACAACAGAGGGUAUGCGGAUGUGUUAAGGGUCGGCGGGGGGGCGACCAAGCCGAAACCAGCGGAAGCAGGGAAGGUGCUGGCCUUCUACCCGAAGCCGGAGGCGGCUGAAAAAUUAAAAACGGCGGACGACACUAAGGCGGCCCUAAAGUCGGGCCUAGACCCGCGGGCCCUGGGAGUGCGGGUGAGCCAGGUCCGCAAGGUGGCGAACGCUGGGGUGCUGGUGCACGCGGCCACAAAGAAAGAGGCGGAAAUUAUAAAAAAGGCGGCGCCAGCAAACCUGAGGGUACAGGAGCCAAGGGCGCGGAACCCGCUCGUUGCGGUCGUGGCGGUAGAAGGCCGGCGAGUGGAGGACGAAUCCUUCAUAAGGGCACUGAGGACGCAGAACUUCCCGGAGCAGGAGAGCUGGGCCCCUAGCGAUGUAAGAAUAGCUUUCAAGAAGAACGCCAGGGGGGGAUCAUGCACAACUGUAGUGCUUGAGUGCAGUCCCUCCUGGAGGGACAAGCUUGUAGGGGCUCAGCGGGUAUACGUGGAGUGGGAGAGGUACCUCGUAAGAGACUUUGCGGACGCGACUUGCUGCGCGAAGUGCCAGGCGUACGGGCACGCCGCUCGCUUCUGCAGGGCCACUGCGGAUGUGUGUGGCAAAUGCGGCGAAGAGGGCCACAGAAGCAGCGCCUGUGUAGGCUCAGUGCGCCAGUGCGCAACGUGCAAGCGCGCAGGAAAGGAGGCGGCGAGCCACAAUACUGCGUCGGCUCAGUGCCCAGCGAGGCAGGCAGCGGAGAGGCGGUCCUUCGAGAGAACAAAUUAUGGAGGGUAG